UCGAAAACAGAUGCGAUCUCGCUGGCUCUCCACUCUGCUAGACCACUUGGGCAAUAGGACCAUCAAGCUGUUCAUCGACUGCAGCCCCGCAUUCAACAUCUUCAUCCCUGACAAAUCCAUCGUCAGACUCGCAGGAACUGGGUCUCUGCUUCUCACUAUGCAACUGGAUCCAAGGCUUAUUCACCAGCAGACUUCGUUCAGUAUGAAUUGGCAACAGCACCUUCAUCUUACUGACUGUCAGUACAAAUACACCACAGGGAUGCACACAUAGUUCCCUGCUCUAUUGUCUCUGUAUCCAUGAUUAUGUAGCUAAACACAGCUCCAAUGCCAUUGUUAAAUCCACUGACAAUACCACAGUCGUUGGACAAAGUAUGAAUAAUAACAAGUAAGAAUGUAGAUGGGAGAUCAAAUAUUUUAAUUGAGUGGUGCCGGAACAGCAACCUUGCUCUCAGUGUUAACAAGACCAAGUGGCGUAUUGCUGUUUUAAGGAAUGGAAAGGAUUACACACCUGUCUUCAUUGGCAGAACGGUAAUGGAGAGAGUCAACAGCUUCAACUUCAUGGCCAUACACCUUUCUGAUGAUCUAUCCUGCACGUAACACAUGGAUGCAAUCACAAAGAAAGCUCACCAAUGUCUACUUCCUCAAACGUUUGACGAGAUUCAGCAUGUCACCAACUACUUUAUUGAACUUCUGCAGAUGUAUAGUGGAGAGCAUACCGACUGGCAGCAUCGCAGCCUGGUUCAGUAAUUCUGAUGCUCAAGAACAAAAGAGGCUGCAGAAAAUGGUGCAGUCUAUUAUGGGUAUUGGCCAUCCCACUGUCAAAGGGAUCUUGAAUAUCAUCAAAGACGCGCAUCACCAUGCCCAAGUUCUCUUCGCGCUGCUGCUAUCGAGAAGAAGAAAAUUCUCUGUGACGUUCUUCUGGUGGUGUCGGAUAGGAAAAUCCCAGCUCACCGGGUGGUACUUGCAGCUGCCAGCCACUUUUUCAGUCUAAUGUUUACCACAAAUAUGCUUGAAUCCAAGUCUUAUGAAGUAGAACUCAAAGAUGCUGAACCUGACAUAAUUGAACUACUGGUAGAGUUUGCAUACACUGCCAGGAUCUCUGUUAACAGCAAUAAUGUUCAAUCGCUAUUGGAUGCAGCAAACCAGUAUCAGAUUGAACCAGUGAAGAAAAUGUGUGUUGAAUUCCUUAAAGAGCAAAUUGACGCUUCAAAUUGCCUUGGAAUAAGUGUUUUGGCAGAGUGCCUCGACUGCCCAGAACUCAAGACAUCUGCAGAUGGAUUCAUUCAUCAGCAUUUCACUGAGGUUUAUAAAACAGAUGAGUUUUUACAACUUGAUGUCAAAAGAGUAACUCAUUUGCUGAAACAAGAUGCACUAACAGUUAGAGCAGAAGAUCAGGUUUAUGAUGCAGCAGUUAGAUGGUUAAAAUAUGAUGAACACAAUCGACAGCAAUAUAUGGUUGAUAUUCUGGCUAAAGUCAGAUUUCCACUCAUCUCUAAAAACUUCUUAAGCAAAACUGUCCAAGCGGAAUCACUCAUUCAGGAUAACCCAGAGUGUCUUAAAAUGGUUAUUAGUGGUAUGCGCUAUCAUCUUCUGUCUCCAGAGGAUAGAGAGGAGCUGGGCGAAAGUACACGGCCAAGACAAAAGAAACAUGAUUAUCGCAUUGCAUUGUUUGGUGGAUCUCAGCCACAGUCAUGUCGUUAUUUUAAUCCCAAGGAUUAUACUUGGAUGGACAUUCGUUGUCCAUUUGAGAAGCGACGAGAUGCAGCCUGUGUCUUCUGGGACAACGUUGUUUAUAUAUUAGGUGGUUCACAGCUUUUUCCUAUCAAACGAAUGGAUUGCUACAAUGUAGUUAAGGACAGUUGGUAUUCUAAACUGGGUCCUCCAACUCCUCGAGAUAGUCUUGCUGCAUGUGCUGCAGAAGGCAAAAUUUACACAUCUGGAGGCUCUGAAGUAGGAAAUUCUGCUUUGUAUCUCUUUGAAUGUUAUGAUACCAGAACAGAGAAUUGGCAUACCAAACCCAGUAUGUUGACACCUCGAUGCAGUCAUGGCAUGGUUGAAGCAAAGGGACUCAUCUACGUUUGUGGUGGAAGUUUAGGCAACAAUGUAUCUGGAAGAGUUUUAAAUUCCUGUGAAGUUUACAAUCCUGCAACUGAGUCGUGGACAGAACUUGCUGCAAUGCUGGAGGCUAGGAAGAACCAUGGAUUAGUUUUUGUAAAUGACAGAAUCUAUGCUGUUGGUGGACAAAAUGGACUUGGUGGUCUAGAUUCCAUAGAAUAUUAUGAUAUUAAGAUGAAUGACUGGAAAAUGGUGUCAACGAUGCCCUGGAAAGGGGUGACUGUUAAAUGUGCAGCAGUAGGCUCCAUAAUCUAUGUCUUGGCUGGUUUCCAAGGUGUAGGUCGAUUAGGCCACAUUUUGGAAUAUAACACCGAGACUGACAAAUGGACAACUAAUUCUAAAGUCCGUGCUUUCCCAGUAACCAGUUGUCUUAUAUGUGUUGUGGACACAUGUGGUGCAAAUGAGGAAAAACUUGAAACAUGAAGAAAACAAAUCUUUGGAGCUACCAGAAUGAUGCCUGUUCCAUCAGCUCGUGCUGGCAUAAACUGAUAUAUGAAGAUUUUUCUAAUUUAACGUCUUUUGAGUUGUAUUAAAGUAAUGUUGAUAUUCAGGAUUAUUUCGUAAGAGUUAUUAAAAAAGGUGGUUUGCCUAAUA